AUGAAGCAUCUGAAACAAGACAUUGAAGAAUUAGUUAACCAGUUAGAACAAUCAACUAAACUAAAGAAGAAUGGGAAGUGUAUUAAGUUCAGUAAUACCGUGAAUGGUACUAAUAUUCAAUUGGACAGUUGGAAAUUUUUAGAUUGGGAUUAUGGUAAAGAUAAAAUCAAAUUACCGAUUCAAGCAAGAGGAUUAUUCACAUUUAAUGAUGAAGAGAUAUUAGUUAGAGGAUAUGAUAAAUUCUUCAAUGUGAAUGAAAAACAAUUCACUCAAGAAGAUUCACUCAAAAAGAAUACAAUUGGUCCUUAUGAUGUUACAUUGAAAGAAAAUGGUUGUAUUAUAUUUAUAUCAGGAUAUCAUGAUCAAAUUAUAGUUUGCUCUAAACAUUCAACUGGUCAAAGGGAUGAAACUGUUAGAAACCAUGCAUUGGAAGGUGAACACCAUUUAAAAAGACAAUUGGGAGAUAAACUAUUUGAAUUGGCUCAAUAUCUUUAUCUGAAUAAUUUAACAGCUAUUGCUGAGUUAUGUGAUGAUGAGUUUGAAGAACAUGUAUUAAGUUAUCCUAAAGAUAAAUCAGGUUUAUAUUUACAUGGAUUGAAUUAUAAUACAAUUGAAUUUAAUACUGUUCCAAUUAAAGACGUUAAUGAAUUUGCAAAAACUUGGGGAUUUAAAUUAAUUGAAUAUUUAACUUAUGAUAAUGUGGAUCAAUUGUUUGAAUUUCUACAUGAUUGUAGUAAGACGGGAACUUAUGAUCAACGAGAAGUUGAAGGUUUUGUAAUUAGGUGUAAGAAAUUAGAUAAUUCUGAUUUCUUUUUCAAGUAUAAAUUUGAAGAACCUUAUCUAUUAUAUAGACAAUUUAGAGAAGUUACUCGACAGUUGAUAGAUGGAGUUCCUAUUCAUUCAAUAAGAAUGAAGAAGAAUAAAUAUAUCACGAGGAAAUAUUUAGAAUUUGCAAACAAUCUAUUUCAACAACAACCUAAUUUGAAAUCACAAUUUUUAGAAGGACAUGGAAUAAUCAAAGUUCGUCAAUUAUUUCUCGAACAUUUACAUGAAUCAACUGGAAUGAAUUUAUUAAACCUUGAUGAAAAAUUCAAAGAACCAGAAAAAUUAGAUACUGUCAAAUAUGUAAUCAUACCUAUAGCUACAAUUGGCUGUGGUAAAACUACAUUAUUCAUGACACUAAAUAAUUUAUUUCCCGAUUGGAUACAUAUCCAGAAUGACAACGUUGCAAAGAAAGCAAAAUUAAAAGUUACAGAGUUAUGUUUAAAAGCAUUAGAUAACAAUCGAGUUGUAUUAUUCGAUAGGAAUAAUUCAGAACGAAGGGAAAGGAAACAAAUAUUUGAUACAAUAAAUCAAAAACGAGGAGAUUAUAUUGAUGAUAUAAUUAAUUUAAAAUAUAUCGGAUUGAAUUUUAUAAAUGAUGUUUCAGAUGAUGAAUUAUGGGAUAUAACAUUUAAUAGAAUAAAAAAUAGAGGUAAUAAUCAUCAAUCAAUUCAAUUUGAAAACGAUCCAAAUUUGGUAAUUAAUGUAAUGAAAGGAUUUAUAAAAAGGUUUCAGAAUGUAGAUACUAAUAUCCCACCAGAUUCAAAUUUCGACUUAAUGAUAAAAUUAAACAUCAAUUCAUCAUUAGAAAAUGUCAAAACUGUGAUUAAUAAAAUACAUAACCAAUAUCCAGACUUAAUUAAAUCAGUACCUAGUGACUCAGAAAUUAAUUCUGCAUUUGAAUCAGCAUUGAAUUAUAAACCUACAUUCAUAAAAGAUAUGACAACUACCAAAUUGGAUCCUCAAUAUUAUGGAAUAUCAAUAAAUUCAACCCAUGUAUAUAAAUUAUUAGAAUCAAUUUCAGACAAUGAAAAUUAUAAAUCAAUGAAAGAACAGAAAUUUAUUCAAGAGGAGUUUCAUGUUACAUUGGCGCAUAUAUCUAGUUCAAAAGGAAACAAACAAAAAUGGAAAAAUAUAAUUAAAAAAUUAGGAUUAGGUGAUUCUAAUCAAGGUAAGAAUGAAUUGGAUUUCAAAGCUGAUAUUAAACCAUUACAAUUUGUAGUUAAUGAAGGUAAGUUGAUAUGUAUAAAAGUUGAAUUGUUGAGAAUUAAACAAGGUGAGUUGGAGAUUGAGAUCGACAUUGAACCACUUAAUUUACAUUUACAUAUCACUGUUGGUUGUUUUCCUCCUACUUUGGCUUAUCAAUCUAAUACAACAUUGACUGAAUUAUAUAAAGAUUCAAUGGAUUUGAAAAAGGAUGGGAUUUACGAAAUUGGUGAUGAUAGAUUAAAAGUUGUUAAUUUGAAGCAUGAUAUAAUUGAAGAUCAGCCAUUGUUUGUAUAUUUUUAG